UUUUUAAGUCAAUGUUUAUUUUGUUUGACGUUGUUUGUUUGGUUAAGGUUAGUUUCCAGUUUCACUUUCACUUAAAGCAAGAUGUACACACUUCUUUACGGAUUCUAUAAAUAUUUGAUACAAAAAGAUGAAUAUUGUGUCCUCAUCCUUGGGCUGGAUAACGCAGGAAAAACGACUUAUUUGGAGGCGGCAAAAACAAAGUUCACCAAGAAUUACAAGGCCAUGAACCCCAGCAAGAUCACGACCACUGUAGGCCUCAACAUAGGGAAGAUUGAACUGUCAGGCAUCCGACUCAACUUCUGGGACCUCGGCGGGCAGGAAGAACUGCAGUCCCUGUGGGACAAGUACUACGCAGAGUCACACGCCCUCAUAUAUAUCGUGGACUCGUCGGACCGAGAGAGGAUCCCGGAUUCCAAAGAAACAUUUGACAAGAUGAUAUCCAGUGAGAAUCUGAUCGGAGUGCCACUACUGGUGUUGGCGAACAAGCAAGAUAUUCCGGACUGUAUGGGGGUGAGGGAGGUGAAGCCGAUCUUCAACAAGAAUGCGCACCUCAUCGGCCGCAGGGACUGUAUGGUCAUGCCCGUCUCCGCUCUCAAUGGAGAUGGCAUUGAUGAAGGUAUCAGAUGGCUUGUAGACUGUAUCAAACGUAACAGCGAUGUGAGGCCACCAAGAGAUCAAGAUGACACGUAACGACAAGACCAAACAUGCCAAAGAACAUUCCUCUACUGUGAUAUGUGUGGCAGAAUCAGUUGGACUGCCACUAUAAGAAUAUUACUACACAAUUAGAUAUGCUUGCAAGAUUCCGAGAUUAUAACAGUAUGCAGGGAAGAGCAGCGCUUUUAUGUGAUUGAUAAAUCGUUAUUGAUUUCCAAAGUGUUCUCUUUAUUGGCUGAUGUGUUUUUGCAAAUAUGUACAAUAUUGGACUAGGAGUCACUUCUUGCCCAUUGCUCUUUUAUAAUAUUUUGUGAAAAGUUUCAAGUAUUAGUGACAAAGAGAGAAAGCAUUAACAUUAUGAAAUGUUUUUGUAUGAAAUAAGUAUUACAUAAUUAUUUAUCAGUUUUGUAAAUAACAGCAAACAAUUACCUGUAUCCACUAUAAAACUGUAUGAUCAUUAAAAAUUAUGAAACUAU